AUGAGCAAGACAUUAGAUACAACAUCUCUGUCAGAGACCUUCAUACAGUUCCAAAUUCAGGUUAAAAGGGAAGAGAUUCAAGCUUUUGAGGAAGAAAUAUGCCAACUAGAAGAUAAGAAGAAAAAACUGAUAAAGCUGCAGGAGCAGCUGAGAGAAGAGCAUAGAGGCCAUGUGCGUGAACUGCAGAAAAAGAUGAAGGAGCAGGAGAGGAACCUGGAGCAAAGGCAGCGAGAAGAUGAAGAGCAGGUGGAGGGCACGGCCCGGGAGAAUCUGGAGCUAAAACACAAGCAAGAGAACGAGCUAGAAGAACUGCGCUGUAAGCUUGCAAGGCUGCAGGUGCAAGUGAAGGAACUGCAGGAGGAACAGCAGGUAUGGCUUCAGUAUAAGAAUGAAGGCAGCAUUAAAGACCAGCAAAAGAUUCAGAAACUGGAAAAAGAUAUUGCCUUAACACAAAGGACUUUUCAGGAGAUAUCAGAUUAUUUUCAGAGAUCUCUGGUUGCGGCUAUCAAUGAAACUGAGCAAAAAGUAGCACAGAGUUUAAAGGAUGGAAUUCAGCUCGCCUUUGAGGUUCCCCUAUAUAACGAGAAGGUCGCAGUGUUGGAAUCCACCGUCCAUAAGUUAGAAGAGGAGAUCUUGGAUCUUGUUUCCCUCAGCCCAGGCAAUGAGUUUCUUGCGCAAUCUGCUAGCCUUGGGUCCCAUGAUACCCACAAUAUGGACAGGAACAUAAUGAAAAUAAGCCCUGAGGAAACAUCAGAUCUGCUUGACAGACCCCGGUAUCCCCUCCAGCCAUUAACAGAAGUCGAAGGGGCUCAACAGAAAAGCAAUGUGACCGCCUCUGGUAGCACAACAACUUCCACCCCACCUGACUAUAGCGAAAUGUUCAGCGGUCAGACUGAUUUCACGGGGCCGACGCAUCUGGGCUCACUGGAGCAGAAGCUGCUGUGGGUGAUAGGUAAAGCAUACCCCCUGCACCCACAACCAAAUGACCCAGCGGAUAUGGGCGAGGAGAUGACCUUUGACCUGCUACAAACCGAAAGGUGGCCGGUUACAACAGAGAUCAUCCAUAGAAAGUUUAAACAGUCAAGUUCACAGUCUGGAGAAGCUGAUGAAUCUGUAAACGACACCUGUGAAAUUCAGCAGUUGGAUACAAAUGGCGAAUAAUAUAUACACUCAAAAUAAUAAUAAAUUAUACUGAAUGCAUAAUUCUGUAAAUGACACCUGUGAAAUUCA